AUGCCUCAAUUAAUCUCACCUCUAGCCCUCCGGGCUCUACGGACUCUUGUCCAGCGUCCUGCAAUCACCGCUACGCCCCUCCGCACCCUCACUACCUCCACCAGCGCUUUCCGCCAACAAUCCGCAAUCACCUCCCGCAUCAACUUCCAGCCUGUCUUCCGUACCCAGACUGCUUUCACACUGUCAGCUAUUGCUCGUCGCCAAUUCUCCAGCUCCCCAAUUAUCCGCGCAACCUACAACCAGGUUCGUCGUGGGUGCCGAGUGGGUCAGCGCGCACGCCGUGGACGUUCUCCUGCGUUGAAGAACCACCCCUCGCUCAAGGGUGUUUGCUUGAAGACUGGUAUCACAAAGCCUAAGAAGCCUAACUCUGGAGAGCGUAAGGUUGCGCGUGUACGCUUGAGUACUGGCAAGGUUAUCAGUGCCAUUAUUCCUGGUGAAGGUCACAACAUCCAGCAGCACAGUGUCGUUCAGGUCCGUGGUGGUCGAGCCCAGGAUUGUCCUGGUGUGAAGUACCACUUGGUUCGUGGUGCUAUGGAUUUGGGUGGUGUUGGAAGCCGAAUGACUAGCCGUUCGAAGUACGGAACAAAGAAGCCUAAGAGCAGCUAG